AUCAUUGAAAUGAUAUCAAACAGGUAUUGGCCUUGUGUUUAACAACUUUGGUAGCCUCGGCUCCAUCAGAUGUUAGGCCGUUAACAGUUGACACUGACAAAGCCGAAGCUCGUGAUGUUCAAGACGCAGUCAAACCAGCAAACCCAGCGUGGGGCUAUUUCACGACCCACACAUUGGACGGAAAGUCGGGAUACACGGCAACAUACAAAGAUGGCGCAAAACAAUCGCCUGCGCCAUUCAAUCCAUUGCCAUUCAACCCCUUCGCAUUUCAACCGUAUGCUACACCGGCCAUGCCCAGCUUGCGAUAUUACCCCGCUUAUUACCCUGGCUAUCCUAAAGUGAAUUACGGAUUUGGCGGCCAAUACGAAACGAGAUCCGACGAACUAACGGCCGAGGAGUACGAAGAGGCUUUGCGUCUUUUUGGUAUUUUUGGCAACAACGCUGCAAACACGGCUCCAUCUGGAACUGCCCCAGCCACGGCCCCAGCCACGGCCCCAGCCACGACACCGGCCACGACACCGGCACCGAAUCCCAUGACGGCUGUGAUCAACAAACUCAUUACCAUGAAUACCAUGGGCAUCGUGAAAUUGAUGAUGGCCAACGCUGUUAUGAUGAUGGCGGGUUAACAAUUUUUUGGUAUUUAAUAAUACUUCCAAGAGCAAACAACAACAAACAACGACAUCUCAUUUAGAUUUGAUUUUCUCCAAGAGGCAAGUUGAUUUCUAAACGUGUCUCAAGUUGCGGUUAUUUGUUGAUUAUUUAAAAAGGGAAUUGGAAAUAAAUAACUCUUAUCGGGUUGCAUGGUUAGCGAAG